AACACUGCCGGAGAAACAUCGGCCCUGCAAGCCAGCCCCUACCUCGCCCUAGGCCGCCGCGGCUGCUGCUGCUGCAGGGAAUCAGGGACGGGCGGAGGCAUGAAACGCCCCGUGGGUGGCUCCCGGCGCUUCCGGGCUCCAGGGGGCGGGAUCCCGGGGCUCGGCGGAGCUAACACAAGCCCGAGGCCACCGCCCCUUUGCCCAGCGCCACCGGAGCCGCUUCAGCGACCUGCGCUCAGCGACGAUCGCCGGGGUCCGGCUCCCUGCAGCAGCCGCUGCCGCCCGAUACCGCCCCAGGGUUCUAAACCAUGGAUAACCUCAGUAAAGCAAACACCACCUUUGCGCUCAACCUAUUCAAAAAGCUGAGUGAAAAUGCCAAGACACAGAACUUAUUCUUUUCUCCUUUGAGUAUCUCCUCUGCUUUGUCCAUGGUAAUUUUGGGUGCAAAAGGUAACACUGCAGCCCAGAUGGCAAAGGUGCUUGCUUUGGACAAAGCUGAAGAGAUUCACGAUGGAUACCAGUCACUUAUUUCUGAAAUUAACAAACCAGGCACUAAUUAUGUGCUUAGGAUUGCCAACCGGCUCUAUGGGGAAAAGACGUUUAAAUUUCUUGCAACAUUUAUAGACUCCUGCCAGAAAUUCUACCAUGCAGAGCUAGAACAACUUGACUUCUCUAGGGCUGCAGAAGAUUCCAGAAAACAUAUAAAUGCCUGGGUAGAAGAAAAAACUGAAGGUAAAAUCCAGAAUCUGUUGGCUCAGGGUGUUAUUGAUUCAUUGACCAGACUAGUCUUGGUGAACGCCAUCUACUUCAAAGGCAACUGGGCAACCCAAUUCGACAAAGAUCGCACAGUGGAAAGGGAAUUUAAAAUUAACAAGAAUGAGACCAAACCAGUGCAGAUGAUGUUCAAGAAAGCUAAAUUUAACAUGAGUUACGUAGCAGAUUUUCAGACCAAAAUCCUUGAUCUCCCUUAUGUUGAUAACGAGACUAGUAUGAUCAUCCUGCUUCCUGAUAAAAUCCAAGAUAAUUCCACUGGCCUGGAACAGCUGGAAAGAGAACUUACCUAUGAGAAACUUACAGAGUGGAUAAAUCCAGAAAUGAUGGACUAUGGUGAAGUGGAGGUGUUUUUACCCAGAUUUAAGUUGGAGCAAGCUUAUGAUCUGAAGCCUGUUCUGAAGAGCAUGGGAAUGGCUGAUGCAUUUGACAGCAACAAGGUGGAUUUAUCUGGAAUGUCAGCCAGCAAUGACCUAGUUCUGUCUGAGGUUGUUCACAAGUCCUUUGUGGAGGUAAAUGAAGAAGGCACGGAGGCAGCAGCUGCUACUGCAGCAGUGAUCCAUAUGCGAUGUGCACUGAUUGUACCACAGUUCACUGCUGACCAUCCUUUCCUCUUCUUUAUCCGGCACAACAAAACUGGCAAUAUUCUGUUCUAUGGCAGAUUUUGUUCCCCCACUGAUGAUGCUAUAAACUGUCCAGCCAUAAUGGCUUUAUCCAGUGAUUUUGGUAUUGCUGUUUCUGCUCCUCGAACCAACAAUAAAGGAACUGAUGUGAAGUGCUGUGGGCUAUUACCUCCCACACCUGGUCUCUGUCCUGGGACCCCCGGGGAUACAACAACCCUACACACAGACCCCAGCCAAACAGGCUUUCGUGCCUACGCUCUUCCACCCAGCCGUAGCUGGUUCAUCUCCUCCCUCCAUUCCCCACUUUCCCCUCAUCCUCCCCUCCCGAUCCAUGCCCCCUCCCCCGGCAGUCACAGCGCACCCAGCUGGCGCGGGGCUGGCGGCCUCGGUCCUCCCCGAGCAGCCGCACCCUCCCUCGGUCGGUCGGUGCGUUUCCCUCCCCUAAGGCUUAUCUGCAGCCCAGCCCAGCCCAGCCCAGCCCGCGCACACGCUCCCCGCCCCGGCCUGGCUAAGCCCACAGGGCUGAGUCACCGGUUCACGUGUCUCUCCUACGGCCUGGAACCAGUGACUCCCCGGCUGGCUGCAGCCUGCAGGCUUGUAACCAUGGAGAAACUGAGUAAUGCAAACACCCAUUUUGCUCUCGAUCUGUUUAGAAAGUUGAAUGAAACCAACCCAACAGGAAAUAUUUUUUUCUCGCCAGUCAGUAUUUCUUCUGCACUGGCCAUGGUCCUUUUAGGGGCUAAAGGUAACACAGAGAUACAGCUGUUGAAGACCCUUCAUUUUGAUGUUGUUGAAGAGCUUCAUUCAAGAUUUCAGACCCUGACCUCUGACAUAAACAGAAGUGGAGCUUCCUAUCUGUUGAAGCUUGCCAAUCGGCUUUAUGGAGAGAAGUCCUACGUUUUUUUAGCAGACUUCUUGACUAAGACUCAGAAAUUAUAUGGAGCUGAUUUAGCUACGGUUGAUUUUCUACUUGCUUCAGAUGAAGCAAGGAAAGAAAUUAACCAGUGGGUAGCAGAGCAGACUGAAGAUAAAAUCCCCAACCUGUUGUCUGAGGGCUCAGUUAAUAAUAUGACCAAACUAGUGUUGGUGAAUGCUAUUUAUUUCAAAGGAAAUUGGGCUGAGAAAUUUAAAGAAGCAAACACGAAACCAAUGCCAUUUCGGUUAAAUAAGAAUGAAAGAAAGACAGUGCAAAUGAUGUAUCAGAAAGAGAACUAUCCUUUGGGGUACAUCUCUGAACUGAAAUGUCGUGUGCUAGAGCUUCCCUAUGAUGGAAAAGAACUUAGCAUGAUUAUCUUGUUACCUGAUGACAUUGAUGAUAACUCCACUGGACUCCAGCAGCUAGAGAAGCAAAUCACCUUAGAAAAGCUCCAGGAAUGGACACAGCCACAAAAUAUGCAUCCCAUUGAUGUUCACGUGCAUCUGCCUAAAUUUAAGCUGGAAGACAGCUAUGACCUUAAAUCAGAUUUAUCAGGUCUGGGCCUGCAGGAUAUAUUUGACAGUGGCAAGGCUGACUUGUCUGGAAUGUCAGGUGCACGAGACCUCUUUCUAUCUAAAAUUGUACACAAGUCUUUCAUAGAAGUGAAUGAAGAAGGCACAGAAGCUGCAGCUGCCACUGCUGGCAUUGCUAUGUUCUGCAUGCUUAUGGAAGAGGAUUUCAACGCUGAUCACCCUUUCCUUUUCUUCAUCCGUCACAACUCAACACGAAGCAUACUUUUCUUUGGCAGGUAUGCUUCGCCAUAAAAGAGAAGACAGAGCUACAGUUGAGGACCUGAUCGAAUUUCUACUUAAAUCAGUGGGAACCUGUAAUUAUGUUCUUUCUAAUUUUCAUUGAAAUUCUGCAUUUCACAAUAAAAUCACGACUCAGAAAUUGA